ACAGUAAGGUUUAUUUGUGUCUUUAAUGUCAAUUUCUCUGAGGAAUAAUACUUUAUAGCUUUUCUGUGUCAUUUAUUUCAGUGAUGAUGGUUUUGGGGUGUUCUACUAAGCGCCUAAAUCUUUGUAUUUAAAGACCCAUCAGUUACCAAGCUAUCAGCUCAAAAUAGGACUCAAUCACACCUUUAAAUCAUGUAGACAAUGUUAAGACUAAAAUUUCAUCUGCUACAGGUGCCCAAUUAGAGCGAUAAAGCCCAAGACCACUGCCAAUGAAAAAUCUUAAAUAUCAAUUAUUUUACAUUGAUUUAAAAAAAAAUCACAACUGGUUGAUAUUUACCUUAAAUUAUACAAUAUAGGAAAAUCAAUCUGACUUGCAGUAACUAUUACAAGAUGACGAGAUUUAACAAAGUAUGACAAGGUGUACCAAAAUUAAACACAGAUGCAUGUCCUCAAGGUCACCACCUGGGGGCGGUGUUGUUUUAUUCUGAGACUACAAUUGAUGGAGGCGUCGACGGUGGAGGCUAAACUGGGCUGGUUGCUGGUGUGACCGCUCCAACUCAGUAAAAUUAAUAAAGAUAAUGAGAAAAAAUAUGUUGUGAAAAAAAUUAUAUUAUGUUUGAGUUGCGGCAGUAGGAGAGGAACAGCCGUGCAGAUAUCGGGGCUGUUCACGGAGACAAAGCUUGAGACCGCGCCGCAUCCUUCCGUGUUAUUGUUGGACCAGGCCCGCCCAUACUCCAGAGCAUCUCUAGGAAACCCGGCUACAACAUUACUCCUGCACAUCACAAAGGUAGGCUUCUGUGAAAUGUCCGAGUCCAGUCAGCCUGAUGCCGUUUUCAGUACGAGAUGUGGAUAACGAGAAGCUGUUCCUGAACAGCUGGACUGCCAGCUGCUUCGCGGAUGCUAGAAAAUAAUACCUGUAAUAUUAAUUAACAACAAAUUCCACCGCCUAUUAUGGACUUUCCAGGUCAUUUCCAGCAUAUUUUUAAGCAGCUCAACCACCAACGCCUCCAUGCUCAGCUGUGUGAUUGUGUGGUGGUGGUUGGAGGCCAGAGCUUCCAGGCUCACCGCUCCAUCCUGGCAGCAUGCAGCUCCCACUUCAGGGCUCUUCUGAGCUCCAGUGACAGCGGUGAUGAGGUUGGAGGACCAGGAGCUGACAUAGGUGGAGGUAGAGGCCCCAGUGUGAUGGAGCUAGAUCCAGAGGUGGUGACCCCAGAGGCCUUCUCCACCCUGCUAGAAAUGAUUUACACCUCCACCCUCUCUCUGGGGGCCUCCAAUGUGAUGGAUGUGCUGUUGGCGGCAUCGCACCUGCACCUCAACACUGUGGUCAAGGCCUGCAAGCUCCACCUGUCCCGGAAAAACUUCCCUGCAGCGCCGCCUAAAGGCUGGAGGUCAGUGCAACAGCAGCAGCAGUGUCCGUCGUCCCAGGCAGAGAGGUCGGCCUUGCUUCAACAAGUCAAAUGUGUCAUGGAGGAGGAUGUCGAUGAGGAGGAAGUGCGAGUGGAGGUUAGUCAGUCUGGUGGAGUUAAAGAGCAGGGGGUGAGGAGGAAAGUCAGUGGCGAGCAGAGUGCUGCGCCAUUUCUGAGGCACAAGAGAAAGUCACAGGAGGACGGGCUCAGUGGCAGAAAGAGGACCUGCACGCUGCCUGAGGGAAACUAUAAGGAGUGUUCGCCUACUGUGACCAGAAGCACUGUCAGUACAGACGAGGGAGCAGAGUGCCUGACGACCACUGACAGACUCUGGGAGUGCCGAGGCGAGGAGGAGGAGGUGGAGGAGAAAUAUGAAGCAACCAAGGGAGAGUUGGAGGAGAUCCAGCUGCCGAGCCAGUCGGAUAGCAGCACAGGAGGUGAAGGUGUGUGGGAGAAAGGUGGAGAUGCAGAUGGACUCACUGUGGUCAAAGUAAAGGUGGGAGAUGAAGGGGAGGAAGAGGGAGAGGAGCCAAAGAUGGCGAUGAUCGAGGUGAAAAGGGAAAAUCUGAGCACAUACUCCCCAGAUUUAGACACUGUACCAAACAAUUCUCCUCCAUCUCCACCACGAGACUGCACAGACAAUUUGGAUGCACAACUAAAUGACGAGAAAAUGGCCACGGCCUGCCCAACAGAGGGUGAUGUUAGGUCUUUACCAUCUCAGCUGUGCACAGAUCUUCAAACCCAUGCACAGAGAGACGCUGGAGAUUUGGGUGAGGAGUCAGUACACGGUGAAGGCCUAGACAGCCUGUCAGAACUGGCCUUUUCCUGCUUCCUCAAUCCCAGUAAUGAAAGCGUAAUGGGAGCUCUGGUAGAAGACAGCUUGGCUAGCCUCACUGCUGCUACUGCCGCCGCCGCCAGUGAUGCUGGUGAACCGUGUCAAAACUCAGAAGAAGCAAACACCUCCUCUGCUCAGUCCUCCGAUUCCUCCUCCUCACUUGUUUUUCCAGUAACAUCUGUCCCCUUGCAGCAGCUUCUCCCGACUCAGGGCUCCAGUUUCACCGACACACUCAUCCUCCAGCCCACCCAGAACUCUUUAGCAGGGUUCCUGAGUGGCAUCAGACCAGGGCUUGGUCUGGAAACCUCCCUCAUCCAACCCUCCAGGGCUGGGAAAAGCACAGGGGCAACAACCUUCCGUCGCAUCGCCCCCAAAGUGCCACCUGGGUCAGAAGCCGGCAUAGAUCGUUCCUCUUCCUCUGGAUCAGCGGGGGAUGCUGCUGAUCGGCCGCCUCUAACCAGAGCUUCAGAGGAUGUUCUGUCCAAGUGCAGGAAAGCAGCCGCUGAAGACCACGUGCUGCUGGUGGAAGGGGAGAAGAAAUACGCCUGCAAAAUCUGCUCUAAGACGUUCAUGAACCUGACUGACUGUAAGAAGCACAUUCGCGUCCACACAGGAGAAAAGCCCUAUCCCUGUCCAAAGUGUGGCAAACGCUUCAGCCAGUCCUCCCAUCUGUAUAAGCACUCGAAAAAUACCUGCCUGAACUGGAAAGAUGAUCAGUCAUUCCCAGACACCCUGCCUUGACCUGCACUUAACUAACAGACGUUUGUUCACUCGUCAGUUUAUCUGUUUGGGAAAAAAAGGCAAACUUGAUUAUUUAUUACCAAACAAUUCUUGAUUUUGUGUUACAUGAAGUCAAAGUCAAUUAGCUUAUGUAAUUCUUAAGUUUUUUUAAUGUUCUUCAUGUUCUCAUAAACAUGUUGUGAUUUUGUUUUUAUUAUUUCAUGAAAUGAAAUGACUGCUGCGGUAAGAGUGAUGAGAAGUGAUGUGAGAGUGAUGAGAAUAAAUGAUGCACUUAA